AUGGCAGCGAGCAUCACCCCAAGUCGACUGGCCGCACUGGUCAAAACUCGCUGUCAAAUAUUCCAGACGGCGUACAACCCGACGUCUGCACGAACAGGUGCAAAAUACCUCCGUGCUCGUCUACGCGGACCAUCAAUGGUCAAGUACUACCCGCCAGUGGCCAACAUCGCUGAACUGGCCAGGACAUACAAGAACGCUGGUGUGGUGGACUUUGCGGAGGCACAGAGAUUGAAAGACGUCGAAGAUAAGAAACGGAGAGGCAAAGGUGCACCGGCCAAAGCCAAGGACAAAGGACAAAGUCGCAGAACGGCUAGGAGACGGUAG